GGAGGAGAUCUGACCGUAAUCUCGCUGCCAGCAGCGGCUGAAACGGGUGGAAGACACCGCUGAAUCCACGGAGCGAAUGUGUCCAAGAUCCAACCUAGAACUAAGUUCACCGAGGAGUAAAACCGUGGAGACAGCGGGUCCAACAGACUGGAGGAAGCUGUGGAGAAACAUCGGGUCUUUUUGAAGGAAUAAUCUCAGAUUACGAAGAGGAGCUGUCGAGUUGGAGAGAAAAUGAGUUCAGUGUUUCCUGCGGAUGAUCAGCAGACUCUGCUGAUCAGAGUAGAUGCUCCUGAGGAAUGGAGACCUGGUGUGAACCAGCAGGACCCAGAACACCUCCACAUCAAGGAGGAAAAGGAGGAACUCUGGACCCAACUAGAGGGAGAGCAGCUCAGUGUGAAGGAGGAGACUGAUGCCAGCAGGUUUUCAUUCACUGCAGUUCAUGUGAAGAGUGAGGAUGAUGAAGAGAAGCCUCUGUUCUUACAGCUUCAUCAGCACCAAUUGGAGGACAGAUAUAUUAUAAACAGGAGCUCAGGUGACCAGAUGAAAGUAGAAGCUAAUGGAGAGGACUGUGGAGGAGCAGAAACCAUCAGGAAGCCAGAUCUAUAUCCUCAUGGAGAUGCUUCCAGCUCUUCAGAGACUGAAGUCAGUGAGGAUGAUGAAAAGGACGAUGAUAAGAAAAGUGUAGAGUCACACCAGAAAGUCCAGACAGGACCAAAAUCAUUUAGUUGUGAUGAAUGUGGAAAAAGAUUUAACAGAAAAGCAAAUUUAAAAUCACACAAGAGAGUCCACACUGGAGAGAAACCAUUUGUCUGUGAGAUUUGUGGACAAAGAUUUAGUCUUAAACACCAUUUAAAUGGACACAUGAAUCUCCAUAAAGGACAGAAGCCAUUUAAAUGUGAGAUUUGCGGUCAUCGAACUAACCAGAAGCAAAGUUUAAACAUACACAUCAGGAUUCACACAGGAUAUAAACCAUAUAAAUGUGAGGAGUGUGGACAGAGGUAUACCAUCAAGAGUAGUUUAAACUCACACAUGAGAGUCCACACUGGAGAGAAACCUUAUGAAUGUCAGAAUUGUGGACAGAAAUUUAGCCAUAAAUCAAGUUUAAGCUCACACGUGAGAGUCCACACUGGACAGAAACCAUAUGAAUGUAAAAAUUGUGGACAGAAAUUUAGCCAUAAGUCAAAUUUAAACUCGCACAUGAGAAUCCACACAGUAGCAAAACCAUAUGAAUGUGAGUUUUGUGGACAAAGAUUUAGGCAGAUGACAGAUUUAAACUUUCACAUGAGAGUCCAUACUAGACCGAAAUUACUUAAAUGUGAGCUCUGUGGACAAAGGUUCAGCCAUGAGAUAACUUUAAACUUACACAUGACUGUCCACACGGGACAGAUACCGUUUGAAUUUGAGGAUUGUUGACAAAGAUUUAG